AUUCAUCUCUGGAGAUUCCAUCGACAGAUUCCGAAGUCGUUCAGUCCGAAAUUCUGAGUAGAGCACUCGGGGCCCACACACAAAGAGGGUCCAUAGGAAGAUAUCUGUUGCUGGCGAUGAUCCACUUCUACAAUCUCGGGUCUGUCCGCGGACGAAAAACAAAAGAGAUUUGCGGCGAAAGGAUCGAGAAGUCGAGGAGUCCAAGGAGCAGUGGUCCGUGCACCGUAGGUCACUCUACCCCACUUCGACUGAUUAUUUCCACUGUACCUCCAAGUCAGCAAUUUUGGCUUCAAUGUACCAGAUCAGGACAGAAUUCAAGAAACUGGAAGCAAAAAGGACACGUACAAGCUGUUGUUAUCGCAGCACACUGCGCUGGCUUGGCAGCCCUUGACGCCACCGACGAUGUUUACAAUGGGGUUGCAUUGCACACCAACCAUGGUCCUUUCGACGGGAGCGACGAUGCCAAGAAGGCCGGCCAUCUGGAGGAAGUUCUCGUCGUCGCUAUAGUACAUGUUAGAACUUAUUUGGUGACAAUAGUGGAAAUGAGACGAACUAUUGCAGUUGUUGACCUGGGUGGGAGCGGCCAAGACGCCAGUCAUGACGGUUGCAACAGCGAGAUAGGAGACGAUGGCACGGAUGGAGAACAUGUUGAGCGAUGA